GUAGGGUCAUUUUCUCUCCACGCUCUCAGCUAACAAAGAAGCUUCUCCCACCUCUCACCCACCUCUACAAAAGGCCAUAAAAACAUACCCUUUUACCCUCUCUUCACAAUCUCCAUGGACACCAACAAACACACCCUCUCCCUCUCACCCACCACAACAACCCAUUGCAAUUCACCCGAAUUCGAGUUCUGGAUGCUACGAAACCCUUCUUUCCCACAACCAAAUCUUCUCUCCGCCGAUGAACUCUUCGUCGACGGCGUCCUCCUCCCCCUUCACCUCCUCCCCACCACAAACAGACCCGACCCACCAACCCAAACCCCCAACACAGAACCUCCUCCUCGAGACCCGGACCCGGAACCCGGUCCACCACCCGAACCUUCACCAGCCAUAACAGAAUCCCCUUCCUCCUCCACUUCGAAGCGGUGGAAAGACAUCUUCAGAAAGAAAAACACAGAAGAGAAAGAGAAAGAGAAAGAGAAAGGGAAGAAGAAAGAGAGAAAAACCGGAGCUGGUGCGAGUUCUGCGGAGUUGAACAUCAACAUAUGGCCAUUCUCUCGAAGCAGAUCCGCGGGAAAUGCGGGUACCCGACCCAAGUUGUUUCCCGGAGCCCCGGCGACCCGGAAAGUAAACAGCGCUCCGUGUUCCCGGAGCAACUCCGCUGGAGAGUCCAAAUCCAGAAAGUGGCCAAGUAGUCCGGGUCGGGUCGGACUCCACGUGGGCCGGAGCAGCCCGGUGUGGCAGGUUCGCCGUGGAUCCGGGACCGCCAAGACCGCCGAACCAGCUCAGGCUCAGAAAACCGACAAAGGGUCGAAGAAAGAAACCGUCAAGACUCGCCGGAGCAAAGCUCCCGCCGGAGGAGGAAGCGGCGCCGCGAAAGCUAGGGUUUUGAAUCUGAACGUUCCCAUGUGCAUUGGGUAUAGACAACACCUGAGCUGCAGAAGCGACGAGAACGGUGCCGUCGUUGGGAGUGGCGCCGCCACGAACGGCGGCGCUGAUCCCCGUGGGAAUGACAGUGGGGGCAAUGAUGGGGGAAGUGGUGGUGGGGGUAAUCUUUUUAAUCUGCGGAACCUCUUCACCAAAAAAAGCAUAGUAACUUCUCACUAGUGUUACUUUUUAACUACGCUACAGGUUAAUAAUUAUUUACUACUGUUAAAUUAACCUUUUCGGGAUUUUUUUUUAAUUUUUCUUAUACAGAAAGUUAUAAGUUUCUCUUUUUAUCUGUAACUUUGUAUGUAACCGAAAAAGUAUCUUUUUCUGACUUACAGAUUAGGAGUUAGGACUAGAUUCGUUGAUGUCAUAGCUGGUUAAUGCUAUCUUUUCUUUUGUGCUCCUCCUCGUGUAAUCUGAAGUGCUUUAUCAGAAUGUAUUUAUUAUUAUAGUAUUUAAGUAGGGUCUUUUAGUUGUUUUUCAUUUUUUUUCUUUGCCCUUUUUAUGUUACGAUAGAACAUGAGGCAGAAACACAGAAAAAAAAUAUAAUCAAAUUAUUUGAUACAGAGGUGUAUGUUAAAGUGCCACGUUGGUCUUUCAAACUUUUAUAAUGUUCAAGCUACCUGCGUGUAACCUUUAAUUACACUGCAAGGA